UGAUCGGAUCACUUCCGGUCUGUCAUCGCUUACUUUUAAUUUAACUUAGUAGGCUAACAUCACGAAUAUUUCAUGUUUUCAUUCUUACUAAGGAAGGUUGAGUACACUUUAUCAACAUUUCCUGCCGCGAGGAUAAACAAUCGUUAGACUUCCACGUGAAACAACAAAAAGUGUUGUGUUCGAACAGUCCGGUCAUCUGGUUGUCGAUCUUUGGAGCUGGCGUGGGUAGAAGACAAGUCAUGUCAUUAAAAAGAUCGAGUUUCGCGAGGAGGAAUGAAGAGAAGCUGGCUUAGGAACGUGGAUAGGUGGAGGUCAUUUCGUUCACGUCUGUUGCCCAUAGAAGUACAAAUAACUUAAGUUUGCAGAUGCCACGAAUGAGGAAGUUUUUACGAGAUGCGGGAAACCUGUUAAUGUUCAUUGUGACAGGCAAGUCGUAAUCAGUCCUUGCGGCUCAUUAAUGUGUUCUCUACAUACAGGUGGGUGCGUUUUUGUCUACCAAUAUUUUCUGAGCUUGAAAACAUUUCGCAAUUACGUAAGUAUUGCUCUCUUCAAUUAAGAACUCCAGAGCCUUCGGGGCUGAUUCAAUUGUUUCUCAUCUCUGAUUUGCGCUGGGUCCUGGUCAAUUAUCUGCGGCCAAUAGCUUGACUUUUAAAUCUUCACCUUGAACUGUUAUCCUGAAAUGGCAGUCGCUGAAAAUUGAAACUCACUAAAAUGAUUUCAACACGGUGGCUUUUUUUUUAAUGUUUACUCUGUCAGUGUGCCAAAUAUCAGUUAUAAGAUGCUCUUUCUGGGGAAAGGAGGGCAGAGUGAGACGGGGAGGUGGGAUAAGUUUGUACGGUCCGAAAUUGAAAUCAAGUUCUGUAGUUACCUUUUUGGUUAGGUUUUUUUGCUGGAUUUUGUUCAGGCCUCAAGAGGGGUGGGAGUCAACAAUUUUUGUUGUGGUUUGAAACAGAUUCAUGGGUUCGAGUGUUAUGUGUCGAACCACCCUCGGAAUUAUUGUAGACUUGCCUUCCCCUCUCUUCCCGAUGCUCUCUUAUGUCUGAACGUUCUGAACCCAUGGCGCUACUUUAUGAAGUUUCAAUCAUGAGUUUGUAAGAGUAUUUAUGUCCAUCUAAACCAGAUUGACAGAUCUAGAAGCUAAUAAGAAUUUGAACUAUUAGCAAACUUACAAUCGCCCGAGGUUAAAAUAUAAGAUACAUGGAAAUCAGAGAGAUAAUCUUUGGAGGUCAUGAAAAGUGUUUUUCUCACUGUAGUAUGUAAAAGAAAAAACAGCAUAAAAAGGGGAAAUCGGAUUACAUGGGAAAGAAACGUUAAACGCUGAUUAAAAAAAAAUGUAAAAGGACUCGAAAACUGACGCCAAAAAAAUCACAAAGGAGUAUAGAAGUGCAAGAUGACCUUAGCACCCAGCAAGCCACUGCUGAACAACUUGCAUAUGAAACGAUAACCUAGAGAGGCACAUGUGUCAAAGACAGUCUCCUUGAGGCAAAAUUUUGAUGGAUUUUACGUUGCAUUCGUAACAGCACCACUGUAGGUCGAGAAAAAGAGUUGUCAUGUUUUGACAAGCGAAUUUAUGACAGGAAAUUGAAGUGUUUUCACCUAUUAAGUAUCAGCCGAGUACCCACCAUCGAAAGGUAUGUGCGUUUGGCUACGAAACAAGCCAGUUGCUUAUUCUAUCAUCCUAAAGUGGUUUUGAUUAAAAAAUAAUGGGAAUCACGACGAGUCUGGUUUAUCAAAAUAAGCACCCACUCGAAAUAUUGGUAAUGAGUUUUACAUAUACGUAAUCCCUUGCGUCAGAUGUCGGUUGAAAUCAACUUAUUUCAGCCAGUGGCAGUGAAAGAGAAACGUCACAAUGGAAAUACAGUGAGAGAGGUUUUUUUAUACAUAAUGAUAUGCUCUUUUAAGGUUAAAUAUGCGAUUGUUUCAAGGAAAAAAACAAGGUUGUUUUUUCCAACAGACGCGGGGCACAAAAUGUUUUACAUUGCCUCGUAAGAGGAGUAUUGAUUUCAAAGUCUCGCCUAGAAUUUUUUGCGGGGUGGUAAAUUUCUUGAAUACCGUUUGCAUCGAGUGAAAAACAUGUAUAAAGAGGCGAUGUGUCUCAUCAAGUAAUCCAGAGAGAACUGUCUUCGGUGAUACAGAAUUCCGUUGCCAAAGUUAUCCAACCAUCAGGUUUAUCAGCAGAAAUACAUUUACGAAAUAAUCUUUCAGAAUUCCAUACAUAUCCUUUGCCAAACACCUGCUGUGGAAGAAAGGAGUUUGCUGCGUUGAAUUUGCUUGGAACACCGGGAGGAAAGAGGAGUGAUUAUUUUUCCAAAGAUCAAGGUUAUAAACAAGGAGCCCGCUGUAAUUAUUAACCCUGUGCGAACUGUUGGCCGGGCGAGGACCAGACCAUGAGAAGACGCAGACCCAAUCAGUUAUCCAUUAAACCAGCGAAAGCUUAUAUCCUCGGGAAGGCUGGAGUUGGCAAAUCGGCCCUGAUUGUGAGGUUUAUGACCAGGCGGUUUAUUGGAGAAUAUGCCCGAGCGAUAGAGGGAACCUACAGGCAUCAUGUUGAAACAGACAAUGAAGAAGUAGAGUUGGAGAUCGCGGAUACUGCAGGAGAGAACACGGCUGAGAAGCUAACUCUCAUUUCUCGUCAAGGCGACAUUUUCAUCAUUUUGUAUUCCAUCACCGAUCGUUCCAGUUUUGAAGAAGCAAAGCGCAUUGCUCGUUUCAUAAAGGACAGUACCGCAGAUUCUGUUGCCAUAGCAAUCGUGGCCAACAAGUGUGAUCUUGAACAUUUUCGGCGAGUUAAAUAUGAAGAGGGGAAAAGUCUGUCGAUGGAACUGAAUUGCGCUUUUCAUGAAGUUACUACAUCAGAAGACAAUAAGCAGGCCAGAGAAGUUGUACAGAAGUCAGUGUCAAGUUUUAUUCGAAGUCGUGAAAAAGUGAAAGAUUCUGGAAAUUUGAAAGUGCCUUCAUUUGUAAAAAGGACUCCUUCAUUCGAGAAGAGCGAGAAAAAGAAGAGGUUAGGACGUUUUUCUCAAGACAGUUCCAAGACACUGUCCCGACCGUUUGAAUUUCAUACACGAAUGAGGCGGAUUGAAGAGGGAGAUGGUGAGGAUUACAAAGUAAACAACAACAACAACAACAAUAACAAUCGUACAUUCAAUGCGUUUGAUGGUAAAAAUAAUGACGGUGGAAAUAAAAAGGAUGCACUGUCCGGUGAAGCUAAAAACCGCACUCAAGGACCGUUUCACGUGGAAAAGGUGAAGAGCGUAACUUCUAAGAAGCUUCACUCACACACCGAAAAGACGGAUGAUUCGUUCAACGAAGACAAACCUAAAGUACCUUUUACUGUUCAUAAAGUUAAAGGUUCCUCCGCUGGCGAAUUGAAGCGGCCUCUUCCUGCCGAUAAAUUACGAUCUCGCUCAUCGUAUAAUUGGACUGAAAAUUCGGUUUCCGAAGAGAAGCCGAAGCAAUCUUCGAGAGGACCAUUUUCAUUGGACAGACUUCGGAGUCAGUCGACUGAAAAGCUUCGGGCGUCUUCGUCGAGUGAUCGGCCGAAGUCCAGUACUUCUUCAUUCACUCGUAUGAAAGAUGGACUGAUGGGCAGAACGAAGGCCUUACGAAGAAAACCCAUCUAUCUAUGAUAUCACAAGCACAAAUUUGCGUGGGAAUCCGUGUGUCCCUAUGAAGCCAGGCCGCGCGCCAUUCCAGCGUUUCCGCCUUGACAACUGGAAACCAGCCGAAGCAGUCUGAGCAGAUUUUAAAAGAUUGAAUUACGCAUCUAGAAAGAUUUACUUGACGAACACGAGAAACAAGUCAUUUAUAGAAAGAAAUUAUUAUUAUUAUUAUUAUUGUCAUAUGAAAUUAAAUUCUUACUAGAGCAAACUCUAAUUUAUACAGUUUUGUUUUAGAGCUCGUAAAAUUUAAAUUCUCCUCCAAGAGGGUUGUAGAGCGAUGACCUUUGACAUUUGCAAUUUUCGCUCAAAACACGACCAAAUUUCUUUCCCAACAUCAAAAUCGGGGUGAGAUGAAUCUUCUUUUUUUAAAUCUUUUUUUAGGAUUUAUCUUGUAGCAUAAAUGAACCAUGAUAUAUGUUUUCUACUGUGACGUUUAAUAUUCACUCUCAAUUUUUUCCAAAUUACCUGAAAAAUAAAUUCAGUUACGCUUGUGUUGAACAAAUCAAAUGACAUUAGAGAUUCCUCAGGUCUGCCGCGUGAUCUUUUGAAAACUGGAAACUUAAAUACUUCGGGGUUUGAAAAUUAAUAACUAAAAGCACUUAACUAACUCAAAUGGCAGGUUCACGUUUAGCAUUAAAAUU